AUGCCGGAGUCUGCGUCUACCCGUCGUCGUCCUGCUGCCGCCGCUGCUGCCGCUGCUGCUCCUGCUCAUGCGGCUGUCGCCACCACCGCCCCUCCUCAUAUCGACGCCAAUGCCGACCCCAAGCCGCCUGCACAUCGAUACCAGUAUCCGUCCUUCCAUUACGCAUCCUCGCCGCCCGCCAGCCCUCGACGACAGCCUCCCCCUCCUCCCACCUCUCGGCGCCUCGAAGCCCUACACCACGACCUUGCCACGGCACAGUCGCACGAUUCGCGUUCGGAUCACACCCUCCCGCAAAACCCCCAAUCCCAAUCCUCCUUUAACCUCCACGACCUCCACGCCGCCGCAUCUCACUCACCACAAACCGUUAAUAUUAAGCCUUCGCUUUCCGUCCCCUCGAUCCUUGGCCCAGGCCCUAGAUCUCCGCGCCCUUCUGCACCGAGCCCGCUCUCCGCGAACCAGCACUACGAUUCCCGAGCCUCGACCAAUACACGAGCGCACUUGGACGGCACGACACCUCCCAGGCCUGGUCGCCCCAACCGGCCUGCAGCACGGACAACCUUUUACUCCGAUUCCUCAGGCCCUUCGAGCCCAGAGCAGGAGAUCGCUGGCCCAAGAUUUCCCAAUGCGUCACACGACAACCGCAGCGUCUCCGAGCCACUGAGUUUCAAGAAGCCUGUCAUGGCUCCAGGACCAUCUAAUCCUGCCACGGAUGGCACCGCUGCAGGCGCUUCGACAGCGCCCACGAAUCCUCUGCCGAGGAACUCGUCUGUUGAUACCGCCAUUUCUGCCUUUUUAAACCGCGAUCCCACCGGAAACUCUGCCUCUAGCAAACCGCCACAGUCUUCCGACAUUGAUCGUCUCAUCCAGGCUGCUGGUAGCCCAGAAGCCGUCAUCAAGUACCUGUUGAAAGAGAAGCAGUCUCAGUCGCAGCAGAACAGCCAGAUAUGGACGCUGCUUGAUAAGCAAAAGACUAUGAUCAUUGGCCUCAACAAGGACCUCGAGGCUGCCCUGGAGAGUAAGGAGCGCUAUAGGAAGAAGCUUCGGGAGUGCAUGAACAACCUCUCUAUUCUACAAGCAGCUGCAGCCCGCGCCUCUGAAGACGGCAUCAAAAAGCCCCGCCCUAGUCCUCGUAUCGAUGUUGACGGCUACCGUGGCAUGAACCCUGACUCUCCCGUGCUCGAUUCAGAUAGCCAAAAGGGCUCACCUGUCGAUCUCACAAUGGCACGGUAUCCCAUCUCGCAUACCAUCACGCAUCCCAUCACGCCACCGGCCGAUCGCCCCCACCAAUCGCCCUCCAGUGGCGUUGCCGAUGUUUUUGAAUCUUCUCACUCCAUGUCGAGGGGACACGAUUCAAGCAGCCGCGAUCAUGACGCUGAAGACAAAGCCGAAGAGCAGCCGCGGAAGAAGCGUAGCGAAGAAACCCAAGAGCACACUCUACGCAACCGCGAUUAUGAAACCGAAGACAAAACCGAAGAACAGGCGGGCAGGAAGCUCAGCGAAGAAGAAGCGCUGCGUGAGAUCCCAUUUGGCGCGUCUCUUCCGCCGUCGCGAAGCUUACCCAGUGAACCGCCCAAUGGACCGCCUCCUAGGAUCCCAGGCGGCUCAGAGUCUCCCCCCCCGAAGAGCGAGGUCAGCUCCAAGCCCACUACAACGCCUCGUAGGGGUCCACCCGCUCCCCUUACGUUGCCUAAAGACCGCCAAAAGUCAUCGCCUCUUGCUGUUGAGGAAGUCUAUAAUUCUGAAUCAGAAUGCCAUGAUGCCAUCGGUGUGGAGCCACUCGGUUCUGCCGAGCGUGGUCGACGCCGCACACGAGAGAAAGUCCGUGACCUGGCUGUGGACCAAACGGCUGGGAAACAGGAAACCACCAUGAAAGACGAGACACUCGCCCCUAACGCUGAGGAGCCCAAUCCAACACAAGCUGCUCUCACAAUCAAGGGGCCUGAAGCCGCUACCGCUUCCCUUGCAGCUGUUAUCAACAGUGACGGAGCUCAAGUGCUUUUCCCGCCAAUGAUGAGCCCUGGCCUGCCACUGAGCCCCCGACCAACUCAGACUCGCGGCCAAUCUCCGCCACUGUCGCCACGAACCAGGAUGCCACUCUCACCAAGACCGCCUCGCCAGCCUAUUCCUCUGCCGCCAAACACUGCCUUGGUUGCUUCACCCCCUCCCCCCUCCAUCGUUCCAUCUCAGCUUGCGCAAGACUCACCAUUAAACGCCCCAAAGAACCAAACACUCGUACCGGACUCACCAUCACCUUUAGAUGGGCAGCCAAGUCCGACGGAGCGCAAGCAAAUCUUUAAGGGAUUAGCGACUGACGAAUACCCCGACUUGCUACUGCCGCCGAAUGCUCUCCUGUCCAUCGACGUCAAGGUUGCUUCCUCGCGCAUGAAACCGUCCCGCGCCAGCUUGCUCUCCCUCACCCAACUGGAAGAAGACCCCGUCUUCACGCUCGCUGUCAUCUCUAGAGCUGAUGGCGGUGAGCUUUGGCGGGUGGAAAAGGACACGGCCUCUCUGUCCAAACUUGACCAGCGCAUGAAGCAAUGCCGGAGUUUUAAAGCAAAGACGCCCGAGAAGUCUCUCUUUAAUGGCCAUUCACCUGCCAAGCUUGAUGCUCGGCGACGGGCUCUGGAGGCAUACAUGGACGAACUGCUCAACACCCAGCUUGAUGAGGCUACAGCUCUUGAGCUGUGUACAUACCUUUCCACCAACGCUCUCCCUCCCAACGCCGAGGAAAUUGGCAUCGGUGGCAAGUUGUCCCCGGAUCAGAGCGCGCAUGAGGUUGAGUCUGAUGGACCAACCGUGCGGAGUGGCUACCUCACAAAGAAGGGCAAGAAUUUUGGCGGCUGGAAGUCUAGGUUUUUCGUGGUGGAUGGUCUGAAUCUCAAAUACUAUGAGACUCCAGGCGGUCCCCACCUCGGCACCAUCAAACUGCAAGGCGCGCAGAUUGGAAAGCAGUCGCAUAGUGGCGACAACCGAUCGCCUGUCAUCAGCAACAUGGGAGAGGAAUUCGAUAACCACUACCGACAUGCUUUUUUGAUUCUUGAACCGAAGAGGAAGGAUUCGUCGAGCCAUGUCAGGCAUAUUCUGUGCGCAGAGGACGACAAAGAGCGAGAUGACUGGGUUGAAGCUCUGCUCAAAUUGAUCGAAUCCCAGGAUUUUGACGAUGUUGAUAGCCACCCAUCCAAGCCCGAGGCUCAAGAACGACAACACCAAGGCCCCAGUGGGCCAGUUAAAGUCAGAAAGUCUGCACACGCACGAGCUACCACUCGCCAAGCAGGAGAGCCUGACUCACUCAUCGGAGUUCGCUAUGAUUCUACCAAUGCUGGUGAUGCACCGCAGCAUGGCGAUGUAGCCCCGCCCAGGUCUGACAUGCAAAACCUGAGAGCUGAUGCACUCGCUGUCUCCGCCCACAGGCUCACCUCUGCUCCCGAGGAUCAGCACUUGAUCUCGUAUGUCUCAAUGGCAAGCAAAAGUGGUACUGGCCCCCCUCUUGCGCCGAUUGAGGACAAAAAGCAGUGGAAGCGUAGCUUUUUCGGAAUUGGAUCCAAAACGAAAUCGUCAUCGGAUGGUCGCGGAUCCUUAGCUGGACCUGCGACCAAAACGAAAUCGUCAUCGGACGGUCGGGAAUCAUUGACUGGCAGUGACGGUGGAGCGGCAUGGCAGGACGCGCCCUCUCAGACUCUAACCAAAACGCCAACGGUGUUUGGAUCGACACUGGCUGAAGCGGUAGAGUUCCACCGUCCAAAAGAUGUUGAUGUGCUAUUGCCAUCGGUCGUUUAUCGCUGCAUCCAGUAUCUGAAGGCCCAUGGGGCUUUCAAUGAGGCGGGAAUCUUCCGUAUCCCUGGCUCUAACACUGUAAUUAACGACCUCAACAAACGAUUCAAUGACGAGUUAGACGUUGACCUCAUCACCGACCCGAAUUUCUAUGACAUUCAUGCUGUGGCAUCGCUCUUGAAGCGGUACCUGCAAAAUCUCCAAGGGGGCAUUCUAGUGGAUCUUCGUCCGGAGUUUGAGGAGACGGCGGCCAUUUCAAACCGGGAUGAGAGGAUUGCGCAGAUUGCUCAUAUUGUGCAGCGACUACCAGAAGCGAACUUGACUGUGCUCCAAUACCUCGUGUCCUUCCUGGUCCGCAUUAUCAACAACUCAAGGGUGACUAUGAUGACGCCAAAAGCUCUUGUCUUGGCCUCACCGGCAUUCCAAAUUCCUCCGGGGGCUUUUAUGUUAUUCCUGGAAAAUUUUGAGGGGGUUUUCGGCAUCUCCCCAGACAAUUAUCAGCCUCCGACGGCUUCGGGGAUGGAGCGAGGUAGCGCCUCGACCGUCGACGUCGUCGGGAAGCACGUCAUCGCCUCAUAG